AUGUGUAUAAUCUUCUUCAAGUUUGACCCCAGGCCUGCAUCCAAAAACGCCUUCAGGCUGAUUUUGGCUGCAAACAGAGAUGAGUUCUACAACAGGCCAUCCAAAGCUGCAGACUUCUGGGGGGCCAACAAUGAGAUCCUUAGUGGCCUUGACCAGGAGUAUGGAAAAGAAGGAGGCUCAUGGCUGGGCAUCAACAAGAGGGGAAAACUCGCUGCUAUUACAAACUAUAUGGAGGGCCACCCAAACCCAGAUGCACAAGGACGAGGUUUCUUAGUGUCCAAUUACCUCAUGGAGAACAAUGGAGACAGCUACUCUUACCUUAAAAAAGUUUCUGCAGAAGGCCACUUGUACAAUGGCUUCAACCUUCUCACAGCAGAGUUCAGGUAA